CUGUACGUGAGACAACCGCUCAAAUCAAUUAGUGCAGCUAUCCGAUCGCGUCCUGACAGUUUGGAGGUCUGUGGUUGCGCGGGAAAUCGGAGUUUGGAUUCAUUUGUCAUCUGUUGUUAAAAUGAAUUGGAGAUAUCUUGUAUUUCGUCUGACGUUAUUUGUUAUUAUUUCUGAAUGCAAUACCUGCUUUAUUGGCAAUCAAAACCAUGAAUACAGAUUAAAAACGGGAAGUUCUUUUUACAUGGAGUGCCGAUGUGAUGAGCGACCACCUGCAGUCGUUAUUCUUAAAUGGUUUGGUCCUAAUGAUAAGGAAAUAUUUCCACCGGGACCAGGUACAAAAUCGAACGUAUACACAGAAUGGUGGGACGAACUUACUAAUAGUUUGUACAUAACAAACAUGAGCAAAUCAUCAUCCGGUGAAUACAAGUGUUUCACUGUAUAUAACGAGACACAUUAUGUACACACAUAUGACGUCCAAGCAUAUGAAGCACCAUACUUCAUCAACACCAAAGAGACGCAGUAUGUCAUUAAUGGCAGCGAUGCACUAAUAACGUGUGAAGCCAAAGGUGAUAUUAAUCCCUUAAUUAGUUGGCACAAAGACAACUUUGAACCUAUUGAGCAGAUAACAGAAGAUAAUAAGUACGAAAUAUCAUCAGAAGGAUUAUUAAUACACAACAUUAGUGUACAAGACAACGGCGUGUACAAAUGUGUUGCUGCUGACUACGAAACAGGCGAAGAAGUUGCAAUCGACAUUAAAGUUGAGGUAGUCACAAUGCCAGAAAUAGUCGAACUUGUAGCUGUUCCUGAAAAUAUUGCUUAUGAAGGAGCGUCCAUUUCGAUGGAGUGUAUAGCAAGUGGAACACCACCGCCAGAGUACAGUUGGAAGAAGAUUUCCAAAAAUGCGCAUGUUGAAGACAAACCGAACUAUAAGCAAACAAUGAAUAAAAUAGAAUUUGAUAAUAUUGAUAAAAACGAUACGGGCAUAUACGAAUGUAUAGCUUCAAAUACAGCUGGACAUGUCUCGAAGCAAAUAAAAUUAAACGUCUUAGUUCCACCAAAAAUAACGCAGUUUAAAAAUGCAACUGCUGUAGAAGAUGGCACCGUACAAGUUGUAUGCCGAGCGGAAGGGAUUCCAGUUCCGCAAAUAAAUGUUGCCUUUUUCGGGGAAUCUGAUGAUUUAAGUAUAGUUUGGGACAGCAAAGUUAUAAGUGAAACUGAAACUGAGAUGUAUUUAUCUUUUCUAAGAGUUAAUAAAAGUCAUGAGGGCACCUACAUUUGUAAUGCAACGAAUGAUGCGGACUCAGUAACCGCUGAAAUGUAUUUGACUGUAUUUUACAAACCAGUGUUUAAAGAACCGAUCGAGAAUGUCUGGGGUUGGAAUGGAAAUACAGUUAAUCUAACCUGCGAUCAGGAGAGCAAUCCCCCGGCAAAUAUAACUUGGAGAUACGAAAGUCGAGAUAUAUCAACUGAGAAACAAUUGGAAAUCAACAAGAUUAUACUAAACGAUAACAAUGUGCCCGUUAUAUUUGAAAACGACACAAUGUACGGGGUUUAUGAAUGCAUAGCCAAAAACGACUACGGUACAGCAAAGAAAGUCGUCGUAUUUUUACAAGGCUUCGCACCGCCGCCUAUUAGAAAUGCGAUAGUAAUGAAUAUUACUUCAACGUCUGCCAUAUUUGCAAUCGUAGGACCAGAACAAAUUAAUGGACCGGCGGUCGUAGGCUUCACCUCGGAAUACGAUCUUUUAAAGAAUUAUAAUAUCACAGAUAUAUAUAUCAAUCGAACGUGGUCAAUAGAUAGGCCAUACAAAAUAAAUAAGUUGAAGCCGAACAGUAGUUAUUUAAUUAAAUUCGCGGCUGUCAAUGAUGUGGGAGCUGGAUCUUGGAGCAAUUAUCUUGAAUUUGUUACACUUGAAAAAUCGAGCCCCGAAGAACCUACUUGGAGUACAGAUAUAGAAUCGAUUAAGGAUGGAAUCCUUAAAUGGAAAGUUGGAGAAGACAACGGCGAGCAAAUUGAUUAUUACGUCAUUCGAUAUUGUCCGGUGGUAUAUCUGGCAAUUCAAAAUAAUGAAUGCAUCGAAGAAACGAUUGAUCCAACAAAUGAGUUUUAUUUAAGCAAUUUAGAAGGAAACUUGACGUACUACUUCGAGCUGAUCGCUCACAAUGUUCUCGGAAAUUCAUCCAUUGCUUCAACAUACAUCACAUUACCAGAGCGAGAACCGGGAGCACUCACAGCUGGCUCAACACUAGGUAUCGUCCUGGUUGCAGUAUUCCUCGGUCUAAUUCUUUUAGACUUCUUACUUCUGGUGAUGAAAAAGAAAGGUGUCAUUGCAAGUUGCGUUCACAAGAAGGACAAGAAAACUGAGAAGAUUAAUGCACGGGACAGAAAAGGUCUUCUUAGAGAAAACACUGAAAUUGGACGAUCAAGUGAUGGGCACAAGGAGUUUGAAUAUAAUAAAAACACGGGCGUGGUCACGGGAAAACAUUCUGCCGUAUGAUGUAGAUCAGUUUAUAUAUUCGACACAAAACAUUUCAUAUGAAAGCUGUGUGAAGCGUCUUUCUAUCAGAUACAUAAUAAAUAUCAUUAUCAUAAAUUGUCACUAAAUUAAAAAUAAUAUCAAUCGUUUUUAACAAAAGUAAACUAAACAAAUUAUCUUACCACACGGAACAAUACAAAAAAAAAACAAUUUCGGUUACUACGUACUAUAUAAGCACAUAUUAGAGUAUUUAAGUGUAAUAUAUAGUAUGUAAUAUAAUAUCUAUUGUAUGAAUAUCCUCGUCAAAUAUUACUUAUAAUAAAUGUUGAUUGCCUCUGAAUGUCGAUGAUUACCGCAUACAUUUUCCAUGUUGUAACUCGUGCUGAAGCACAAUGUUUUAUGUAAUUGUAAAUAUUAGGAGCAUGUGUCUUUAUCGUUAUAUUUUUUAUUUUUAAAAAAAAACGUUACGUUUAAUUAAGGUUUAUUAACUGAGGAAUGUAGAUAUUAACAAACAAUAAUAAGAGCGUGGAUAUAAAUUGCUUAUAUUCUGUACGGUGAAUUCUGUAUGAAGCCUAAAGCUCUGAAGCUCUAGAAGUGCUCCUUGGUAAGCAUGGUCGUUCGAAUAGAAUCGACACUUCGUGUUACCACACAUUUUUUUUGGAAAUUCGAUAAUGUUUGGUAUGAUAAAAUUAAAUUGUUAUGUUAAACAGUAUAAUAAUAUGUAAAUUAAAUCUUUUGUAACCAUUUAAGAAAAUAAGUAAUUCAACAUUUAAUACAGUUAUUACAUGUAUUAAAUAUAUUUAUGUACAUUACUGUUGUACAAGAUGUAUCUCACCAUUUAUUUAUUUGAAAAUUUAGAAAUAGUUUACUCUAU